AUGACCAAGAAUGAUGCACUGUGGUUUUCAGACAGGGAACCGUUAGAGAAAAGGCGAGCGUUUCAUGCUUUGAAAGACGUUGCGAUACGAGAAACCGUCAGAGAAUACAGGAACAAACAGCAAACAACAGACAACAUACUCGCACGAACUCCUUUUCAAUUCCGGACAUAUUUCUUUCUUGAGUUGCUUAAGGAACGAGAAGAUCGAGAGCGUAAGAAGCGUCGUCUAGCAGAAGAAUUAGACCAUUGUAUCAGAUUGCAGAAUCAAUGGAAAGCCAUCCAGAAGUUUAUUGAAAUGGAGGAAGAUAGAUUAAUUGAAGAAUGCCAACUCCAACGACGUCGCUUGAGUCAAAUGCAGCAGCAAGAAAGGAAAGAGAAAGCCGAGAAACUUGCUUCCAUCCGCCAUCGGCUUCAAAAGGCUUUAGAAGGUGAGGAGGUAGAAGUAGAAGCUGCGUUGGAGGAAAAGGCUGAACGAGAGGCCGCUGAACGAAGACACAAGGAUCUCACGCAAUUGCAGAAAGAACAGGCGGCCUUACUCGAAGAGCGACGUCAGCUGAAGAAAUUGGAAUUGGCCGAGAAGGAGGAAGAACGACGCAUGGAAGAAUUGCGUCAACAGGCCGAAGACGAAGCGAUCGCAGAGGAAAAAAGAAGAAUCUUGGAGCAAUCAUGA